GAAGAAAGAAAAAUCAGUCCCCUGGCGAGAGUUUGAUCAAUGGCGACAGUGAGACCCCGAGAAGACGAGCGAGCGGGGGCGGAGAUCGCGUUCGGACACGAAGAGUGCUACCGGAGGUCGGUGGAGCUUCUGAAGGAGCUGGGGUUCCCGACGGGAGUGAUGCCGUUGAAGGAGCUGGAGGAGUGCGGGAUCGUGAAGGAGACGGGGUUCAUUUGGAUGAGGCAGAAGAGCCCCUACGAGCAUUUCUUCGAGGGGACAAACUCGCGGGUCGUGUACGCGACUGAGGUCACUGCGUACGUGGAGAAGUUCAGGAUGAAGAAGAUGACCGGCGUUAAGACCAAGCAGCUUCUUCUGUGGGUUCCCAUCGCCGAGAUGAGCAUCGACGAUCCAAAGAGGAACAAGAUUUGUUUUAAAACUCCCGUGGGGAUCGGGAAAUCGUAUCCGGUGACCGCGUUUAUGUCUGAGGAAGAGAAGCAUAAGUAUUUGGAGACGGCUGAUGAAUAUUGAAUUGACAAUAUAAUAUUAUUCAUCUUCUACGAUGACAUUGUUUUCAACUGCUUUCUUUUCUUUUCUUUUUUCUUUUGUUAUUAAUUAUUGUUAAGUGUUGUUUCCUUUAAUUUUCUGGAAGAGAUUUAUUAUACCUUGUUGUUUUGAUUCUUUUUG